AUGAUGCGCAGACAAUGGCUACCACUGCGAAUUUGUAAUACGCAAACUGAACUUAAUGAAUUAAUAUCAGAAAAUGAAGUAUCUAGAUUUCGAAGUGAAUCAAGUACCAAUGGUAACAAAUAUACAUAUCCGUGUGCUUCAUACAAGAAAUUUCCAUCAUGUGAUAUCCAGCUGCAAGCUAUACAAGAGAGCAAUUGCAAAGAAUACGUCUGUAAACAUACAGUUGGACUUGCAAUUGCUUUUGGCUGUCAUGUAAUCUCAAAAGAUCGUAUGCCUUUAGGACCAAAAAAACGUGGUAGACCAAAAAAAUCUGGACUAUGCGAAACACAUGACAAUAAAUACUUCAUUAAAGCAGAUGACGAAGAUGAUAAUACGGGUGAUAUGGAGAAAGAAAAUAGCUAUCAUUCAGAGAGUCAUCCAAAAAUCGAUGCGGCACGAAAACCAAAUCAAUCGUAUUUGGAAAUAAUAGCCGAAGCUAUUUUGCAAGCACCGAAUAGAAUGAUGCAGUUAUAUGAAAUAUAUGCAUACUUUCAAAGAAAAUCACCAUAUUUUGCUGAAAAUGUGAAUAAAUCUUGGAAAAAUAGUGUUCGUCAUAAUUUAAGUUUGAACGAUUGUUUCAUGAAAGCUAGUCGAGGAUAUAAUGGGAAAGGUCAUUAUUGGCGAAUUCAUCCUUUAGCUGAAUCUGACUUUGAACAAGGUCGAUUUAGACGUCCUCGACAACGACAGCAAAUUCGCCAAUGGCAACAUCAGCAAUUACUCCAGCGUCAGCAACAACAAGCUCGACUAUCGACAUCAACACAAUCUCCGUAUUAUUCUCACCUUAAUUUUCAACCGUCAUCUAUGUUAACAUCUCCCCCUCCUCCACCGUAUAAUACUUCUUUUUCUCCACCACCUUAUCCUACUAAUAUGUAUCAUUAUACAAUGGUUCGAUCAUCUCCAAUGAAUGAUUCUGAUCCAAUACAAUCCUCUCCGAUUCCACCAAUAUCACCAGCCUAUUAUCGUCAUCAUCAGUCGAUUAAUUCAUCAUUAAAUGAUUCCGGUAUUUCAAUAUCAUCAUCACCAGCAUCAUCUGUUUGUCCUUCUUAUUUUUCAACAACUCAUCCUUAUUACGCAUUGAAUAGUUUUCAAGAUUCGCCUUAUGAACAUUCAGAAGAAUAUUCUUCAUAUAAUAAUAACGACAACACAAAUGCAUUCGAUUAA